UCCGCACUCAGAUUAGACUUCGCUCAGCAGCAGCAGCUCAGCCUGUCAGCAGCAGCAGGAGCCGGACGCUUCAUGACGGAGGUUACCGGAGCGUUGACGAGCUCUGAUCACUCGGCUCUCCUCUGUUCGCCUCCGGGCUGACGGAGCGCUGCACUCCCGCUAACCAGCUAAAGCGACUGAUCUCACUGUCCGUCUGUCAACUUAUGAUCCGAGCUAGCUGAGGAUCAAAACAAGGGUUUCUCUGCAGCGUCUGCUUUGAUCUGGGUCCAUCCAGAGAGGGAGAGACGCGGGGCCCGCGGGAGAGCAACGGGAUCUGGUGGCCGGACAGGCAGGCAGGGUGGUGGCUGGAUAAAUUCGGGGCUCGCCUCCAGCUCCUGGCGGAUUUCUCCCCUGCCGGCUAACGCCAGCUAAGCUAACAGAUCCUAUCAUGGAUUGGUUAAUGGGGAAGUCCAAGACGAAGCCAAAUGGUAAAAAGCCUCCAGCAGAAGAGAAGAAGCAGUACUUGGAGCCAGAAUUCACAAAAAUCCGUGUGGUGGACUUUGAUCUUAAAGAACUGGUGGUGCUGCCCAGAGAGAUAGACCUCAACGAAUGGCUAGCCAGCAACACAACAACAUUCUUCAAUCUUAUCAACCUGCAGUACAGCACCAUCUCAGAGUUCUGCACUGGAGAAACCUGUCAAGCCAUGACGGCAGCCUGCAACACAAUAUACUACUGGUAUGAUGAGAGGGGGAAGAAGACGAAGUGCAAUGCGCCACAAUAUGUCGACUUUGUUAUGAGUCUCUGUCAAAAACUGGUCACAGACGAGGAGAUCUUUCCUACAAAAUAUGGAAAAGAGUUCCCAAAUUCCUUUGAGUCCUUGGUAAAGAAGAUCUGCCGGUAUCUGUUCCAUGUGCUAGCGCACCUGUACUGGGCACACUUUAAAGAGACGGUGGCUUUGGAGCUGCAGGGCCACUUGAACACUCUGUAUGCACAUUUCAUUGUUUUUGUAAGGGAAUUCAAUCUGGUUGACCCCAAGGAGACCUGUAUCAUGGACGACCUGUCCGAAAUCCUCUGCAUCCCGGCUCCUUUACCUGCCCUGGCCUCCUCCGCCCCAGCUUCAGCACCCUCCCCUUCUUCACACAACCACGUAACAGAGAGAUGAGCGGGGGCCUGUGGUGCGACCGCAGCCCGGGCAUGAUAGAAGUUCAGAUAGAGAAGGAAACACACCCUCCUUGGUGCCAGCAGGACUUAGAGACCUUCCACCACCCUUAUGUUUUUGCUACUACUCCAACCAGCCAGAAGGAAGGAGGGGGGAGGGUUUUUGGUGGGGAGGGGUUUGUCAUGCCAGCAGGAAUUGCCAUGAGCGUUCCUCCCAGGGGCAAAUCCCUCCCAUCUUCUCUGCAACUUAAACUAGGAACAAAACAGUAUGUUUAUGUUUUAUUUCAGUUUUAUUUUAUUUCAUUUUUUGUUUAAAGUUUUACUUGGUUGUAUUUUUUGUUUUUGUUGUUUCCCUGAUGGAGGGGGGUCAAUGUGUGGGUCGGCCCUCCCUCAGUCCUCUGCCUAACAUACAGUGCAGGAAGGGGGCGCUGCUUUGCUUCAGCCGAUUGUACAGAGUUGUGAAGGAAAGAGUCUACUGACCUGUUGUUUGUCGUUCCCUCCUCUGGCCACAGGAGGAGCCUGUGGGCAGAUGGCCACUACGCCGGCCAGUAGGGAGCCACGUUACUGCCUAACAGGCCGAUACUAGCCAAUCACUGUCUGGGUUGUUUAACUGGGGAAUGAUUAUAGAGCUUCCCACUCAGGACCUGAGAGAAAAUAUCACUGCUGCCACAGAGAAUUAACUCUGUUCUCGUCUCCUCCCGCUGUCCGACUGUCUCCUGGUUCAUCAGAGUGCUCACUUCUCCCCUUUCUACAGACGUCCAUCGUGUAUAACUCCAGUAUAGUCAGAGUAAUCCGCAUCCCUACCUGUAGAGGGCAGUGAAGUUAGAGUGGCGGUGCCACAGAGACAAAGAGUAUAUAAAGAUUGUAUAUGAGAUAUUUAAUCUGAUCAGAGAAUCGAUGCUACGGGACAGACUUGGUUCCCGCGUGGCUUUAUCAGAACCAUUUGCUGGGUCAGCACAGCAGCAGCCCCUAAAACCGCCGCCAUCACCUCCUUCAGCAGGACGACAAAGACAUGAGGUAAUGUCUGCAGGCCCACAGAGGGGGAGGAGGGGAUGUGGCGUGGUUUAGGGUUGCUCCUGUGUUGCUGAAUUUACAAAAAAAAAAAAGAACUCGUAAGCAGUGUCAGUGCGACCUCUGCCUCUUCUGGGUUUUGUUUUUGUCCCUUUAUAUUUUAUUUUUUUUAAUUUACCUAAGGAAAUUAGAUGAGAUAUAAUAAAAGUAAUUGUGUGUGUGUGUGUGUGUGUGUGUGUGUGUGUGUGUGUGUGUGUGUGUGUGUGUGUGUGUGUGUGUGUGUGUGUGUGUGUGUGUGUGUGUGUGUGUGUGUGUGUGUGUGUGUAAGGCUCAGUCUGCUUGGACUUCACUGUACACAGAAUCACAAGCGGGUUCUGUCAGAUGGCCUCUGUGUGGAGGAGGAUUGGGGUUAUAAUUCUUAUUUUUUUAAUUUAUUCUUUUUUUCUUUUUUGCAGGGUUCUUCAGUUCUGUCUCUUGUUUUAUGUAUUUUAAUUAUUAACUAAGUUAAAAGCGAUUUAAUAUUUUAAGCUCUGCAGAUUAUAAUCUAAUAAAAGACAGAAAUUCCA